GAGAAUAUUUAGUUGUGGUUAGAUGCUGAAUUGUUUAAUGCGAAUGAAUAUUUGGAAUUCUUGUACGAUUCCAAUACCAUUUUCAAUGGAGGCCUUGAUCACUUUUUUGUUAAUCUCAUUAAAUGAUUACAUGUUUGAAUUGUUUCAUUUUAUAUAUUGAUUUUCAAUUUAAAAUAUCUUUAAUAUGAAAAUAUUAUUAUUUUAACAAACCACUAUCUAGUGCUUUAAGUGUAUGCAUCUUUCUUAGUAACAUGCAUGUACAGGACUAGUGCCAUCUCUCUCUCUCUCUCUCUCUCUUUCUCUUUCUCUCUCCCUCUCUCUCACCCUUACUCAAUAUCUUAAGUAACCAGUAUUUUAUCAUUAAAGAUAUAUGUUGGCAUUGAUCAAUAAAAAUGAAAAAUAUUGCAUACAUUUGAGUAUAUAAUCUAGAUUUGUAAAAAUAUAAUAGAUAAAUAAAAAUCCAAACUUAGUUCAAGAAGUCUCAUUCCUACAUGUAGAUCAGUACCUGAUGCUACAUGUAGCAAUGCGAAAGCUCGCUAGGCGGCGCUGUCGAACGUAAAUACUGUUAUGGCGGAAUUCUGACCUCAAUUGACAUCGCUUGUAUUACGUGGUUUUACCCUAUGAAAACGCCAGAGAUGUCCGAAUAUAUCGGCUAUUUUUAGUAGGAAAUCCUUUCUACAUGACGUAUUUGACCAAAAUUUUCCCGGGCUUUGUCAGGAAUGGACGAAUAUUCUCAACUUCUUCUUUCAGAGGACAGUGAAUCAGAGGGGUCACUUGAUCUAGACGCAACGCAACCCCCGACACAGCCUCCGACAACAAGCUCCACUUCAACAUCUCCAUCAACCCUAAGCCCAGGGCCAAGCACAGUGCCUGUUGGAAAGCCAAGGAAAAGACAAAUAAAUCAUUAUUUGGCUAUUGAAAACCCAUCAACACCUGAUUUUGACCCCGACGUUGAAAGUUCACAAAGUCUACUUAAAAGAAGAAAAACAACAACAAAAGGUACCAUAAUUUUUCCCCAAGCAGAGUGAGAAACAUCCCUAGUUUUCUUCAUAAUUUUGGAAAAACUUGAUUGUAGGGAGAAGAUUCAAGUUCCAUGGACCGAUAUUUGUGUAGGAUUUAUUGACUGUAUUUUUCUCAAUGAGGAUCAUUAUAAAUCAUAAAUAAAUCAUUUGUAGACUGUUAA